AUGUCUGCCACAAUAACGGAAAAAGAAACCGCUGUUUCUACAACUACCGCCACACCAAAAUCUAUUAGACCUUUGUCAUACACAAACUUGUUAGCUAAUAGUUCCAACUAUUUGAAACAUGGAUCAUCUUCUGAGUCACUCGAUUCUCAAGUAUCAAAUGCUUCUACCAUCAAAUUCACAGCAUCAUCUGUGUCGCCAACUAUUUCACCAUCUCCACAAACACCACAAGUGCAACCACAAUCACAAGUGCAAUCACAAGUGCGUAAGAAAAUUCAAAUACCAAACUAUUAUGUGCCACCCAAAGUGAACAUUGCUCCAUCUAUUAGUAUUACUGAAAGUAAUGAUGCAACCAAUACCACAGAAACCAUUGCCAGACCAAGUCUAAUUCGUAAAAAGUCUGGUGAGAUUGUCAAAUCAUCCUUGAAAUUGUCAAGUCUAUUGCAACGUUCAUUAUCUACACCACAAUUAUCCACAAUGGGGAAUAAAGGUAGUACGAGAAAAUCGGUUCGUUUUGCAUCAAGAUUAGCUAAUGUCAAGACAUUUGAUGGUUGUGACUCUCCAAGUACGGUGUCAUUAGCUAAUUCUCCUUGCACAUCACCUCCAUGUGAAUUUGAAUCUGGGUUUGAAGAUGUUGAUGUUGAUGAUGAUGUAUAUACAUUUUUGAAAAAUAAACCAAAUCGUCGUCUUCGUCUGGGAUUCGAAUGGAAUUGGGAUAAACUGAUUAAUUCAUCCUCGUCAUCUUCAGAUGAUGAUGAAAAUGAAGAUGAUUACUGGUCAACUCCAAAACAGUUUAGCAAGCCCAAUAAAUUUUUACCAAAUUCAGGAUUUGUUUCUGGUACUACUGCAAAGACUAUUACUACAACAGGGUUUAAUUCCAAUUCAUUGAAUAGUUCUACUUCUGCUCCUUCAAAGGAAUAUAGAUUGACGUCACAUAAUAUUCCAAAAAUGAUCAACUCUAGAGAAUCCAUUGUUUGGUUACCUUCAGCAUAUGUGUUAAAGACAGAUGGUAAAACUUUUCUUUAUGGAUUAGUUAAUGUUCAAAAUUUAGCAUUUGAAAAGAAGGUUUUCCUUAAAUUGACUUUAAACAAUUGGAAAACUAGUGUUAUAUUUGGAGGACAAUCGGUGAUUAAUUAUUUCAAAUCAAUUGAUAAUAAAAUUGAUCAAUUUAAGUUUAAAAUCAGUUUGGAUGAUUUGAUUUCUUCAGAUGGUAAAAAUGUUCAAUUACAAAUGUGUAUUAAAUAUCAAGUUAAUGACACUGAAUAUUGGGAUAAUAAUUUUGGUAAGAAUUAUCAAUUCCAAUUGACUCGUAUUGAUAGAAAAGUCAUCAACAACAUUAGUUCAAGUACUUCUGUUGGUGACAGCAAGACAGUAGCAACUACAACUACAACUGCCAAAAAAGAUGAUGAAUUUCCUCAAUUUAAUGAAUUGGUUUCCAAAUUAAUGUUACACCAACAAGAUACACAAAUCAAAAAGAAAACAAGUCCCGUUGCCCAACGCAGCUUUUCUGUUUUCAAUAAUUUUGAAGAACUCAACAGUGGUGCUAGACUGACAGUAUCUUCUUCUUCUCCACGUCCAUUCUUAAAUAAAUCAUUCUCAUCAAAUGAUAUCAUUGGUUCUUCCACCACAAGCCAACAAAGACCAAGAUACUCCCAAAGACAUCAACGUAGUCAUAGAAAAGAUGCAACCACCACCACCACCAACACCAACACUACCACUUCGAAUCUCAGUAGACCUGAUUUUUCAAGUUUAAGUUAUGCUGAUUUAUUAAACAAUUAUUGUUUUGCCAAUAGUUCUACUACUACAACCAACAAUAAUCCAUUAGUUGGAGUAUCAUCAUUAACUACAUCAUCAAAUACUAGUUCAAUUUCUACAUCACCAGUAGCAUCAUCUACAACUAUUUCAUCUACAUCAUCGUCUACACCAAACACGCCAAUUUUGACUCCAACUUGUCUGGCACCACCACCACAAUCUACUGCAUCUACAUUCCAUUCAUUUAGUGAUUCAAUUCAUAUUUAA